CGCUGCUCGCGCAGCCAGGCGCUCUGGGAGCCGCGGCGGCCGGUGAGCACCUGCCCCGCCUCCGCCAGGCGGGCCGCGGGGCAUGCAGCAGGCCGGGGGCGGGGCUUUGAGACCCAGCCACUGCAACCCGCUCCCGGCCAGCCUCCGCGGUCCCGACCCCGCUGCUCUCCUGAUGCUGCUCGUGGACGCCGACCGGCCGGAGCCGGUGCGCAGCGGGGCGCGCGAGCUCGCGCUCUUCCUGACGCCCGAGCCGGGGGCCGAGGCGAAGGAGGUGGAGGAGGCCAUCGAAGAGAUGCUCCUCAGGCUAGAAGAGUUUUGCAGCCUGACUGACAUGAUCAGGAACGACACUUCGCAGAUCUUGGAGGAAAACAUCCCACUCCUUAAGGCCAAAGUGACGGAAAUGAGUGGCGUCUAUGCCAAAGUGGACCAGCUAGAGGCCUUCGUCAAGAUGGUUGGGCACCACGUCUCCUUCCUGGAGGCCCACGUGCUUCAGGCUGAGAGGGACCACAGGGCCUUCCCACAGGCGCUGCAGCGGUGGCUGGUCUCUGCAGGGCUCCCCUCCUUCAGGAACAGACUGUCCACACCAGCACCCCGUCGGUAUGAGCUGCCCACGCUGUACAGGACCGAGGACUAUUUUCCUGUGGAUGACAGGGAGGAGAAGCGUCCUGCCCCUUAGCGGCCCCCGGCGUCUGCCACGGGCUUUGGAGAAGCAGUUGGUGUCCAUGUGUGGCGAGGCCUAGGAGAUGAGCUGCAGAAGGCAUUUUGCACCAGCGUUGGGCUUCCGCCUGCCUGCUGUUUAAAAGGGGAGGAGGCCGUCAGGUCUGACCACUGUGGCUGACGGACAGGGGACUCGGGUUUCCCUUUGUCUCUGAGGGGCUUCUGGUCCAUCAGUGCUGGUCUGUUUGCUUGCAGACCCCAGUGCCCACUGGUCCCACGGAUCAUCUCAAUAAAGGUGUCAAGAGGUCAUGCGUGGUCUGGGUGUCAGAACAAGGGGGGACAAUUGUCUCCUUUUGACUCUGUGUGAAUGUUUUCUGGGAGGACCCUCUCCUGACCCUCUGAAUAUGCUUCCUGUAAGUCCCCUGGCCUGAAGGGAGGGAGCAGCUCUGGCCGUUUGACUGCCAGCAAGAGCUCAGAGGUCAUUAGGAUUCUCCAGGGUGUUCAGAGGUAGGUUUACCUUCAUUUCCUCUGAUGCGAAGAUGACACUCCGGAUUCCUCAGACCUGUGAUGGCUAUUUCUGGUUUUUCUGGACUUCCUCUCAGAGCCAAGAAGAGGCACGCACGCACGCACGCACACGCACAAGACUGAUCGGCAGAACUGCACUAGAAUUUCAAGGAAAUCUAAAAUAAUGAAUCAGGCAAGAUAGCAGUAGAAAAGCAAGGGAAAAGUUGAAUCCUGCCAAUCUUAGGGCAAUUUUUGGGAUUGAAAGAUGGAGCAUUUUACAAAGAGUCAGUGUUUUUCUGUUGAGAUUAUUUUUGUAAAUUUUUAUGGAAGUAUCAUUUAUAUAAAGAUGCACUUAGGUGUGUGGCUUACUGAAUUUUUACAAACAGAACAUAUCUGUGUAGCCCUCACCCAGAUCAAGAGAGAAGCAGACAAACGUUGUCAGCACCUACAACUGCUUCUUGGGUUCCCUUCAAGUCACUAUUCUCCCUGCCCACCUCCAUCCAGGCUAACACCAUCCUGCCAUCAAAUGGUAUGGACUGGUGCUGCUGAUUUCUGUACUUUGUAUGGAUGGAGUAUUUUAUUGGGCGUGGGGGGUGGAGUAUGGAUGGAAGUAUGUGUGGAGUAUGCACGUGCAGUAUGCCGUCAUUUGUGUCUGGCUUCACUGCCUCGACCUGUGCCUGUGGGACACAUUCCUGUUGCUGUGCAUAGCUGUAGGUCGUUAAUCCUCAUGGCUGUGUUGUAUUGAUUGGGACUGUCUAAUGAGGGAAGCUUAGAUGCUCACUAUGGCCCGAUGUGCUGAAGGAGAGCCUAGAUUUAGUGGACAGUUAAUUUUUCAGACAGAAGGUUGAGGUCCCUCGUUUCCUGGAGACGAGUGUAUGUUGAUAGCUGGAGACCCCCAGGCUUCUUUCUUUUCCAGGUCCUGAACCAGGGGCAGGGAGAGGUGCAGGCGAAUGUUAGGUGAUCGAGCCUCAGCAGCUUAAGUUUCCUAGAGACCCACUGGACUGUGGCUGGUAGCUAAUAGGCUCUGAGGUCAGCCUGCCUGGGUGGCAGUGUCAUUUCUUGUACAUCUUGAUUGUGUGACCCUGGGCUAGUUGCUUAACCUCUCUGAGCCCAGCCACCUCUUCGGUAGGAUGGAGAGAAUAAUGGCACCUACAUGUUGGGUUGUUGUGAGGAUGGCAUGAGAUGAUCCAUGUGAGUGCUUGGCUCAGGGCCUGGCAAUGGGAACUUGGUAACGGGUAGCUGUUGUGGUGGUGACUGGACUUGACGGGGAGGUCUGACUGUCUGCUGUGUUUCUCAGUUGACUAGCGGCCCCGAAGAGUCUCAACAGCAAGUGACUUAGGGGAUGCCGUAAAAUUUUAGAGUAAGACACAAGCCACAGAAGGAUGAGAGCUGCUAAAAGUCCAGCUAGCUACCUACAUUUAGUUGCCCUUGGAUUCUUUUAGGGACUUUUUCCCUGAGUGAGGAGGGGACAGGUUGCAUGAGAACAUCUAUGGGGAUAAGAUGACAAAUGACCUGGAAUUGGCUGUUGUAAAUUUCCCAGGAGUUGCAAUGCCAAACAGUUGGCUUUUAGGGACCCUUGGAGACACGUAAGGAGAGGGAAGGCCAGGACACAGAGGCCCCCCAAGAGUGCCCGGACCUCAGUGCUUUGAGACGCACAUAUCCUGGAGGCGCUGCCUUUGUGGCAAGUGACUUGGUGUAUUUCCACUUUUUUAAAGCAAGUGUUGGACUUGACCAUCAAAUACAUGAAGUCCUCUACCAAUGACUUCAGCAGGCUCCGGAACCUGUUGCAAGGGUACCGUUUCAGCCUAGGACUGGGCACUCUUUCAUUCAUUUUGUUUUUCUUCUGUGCUUCCUGUUGGACAUAGACAUCAGUAGCACAGUCAUUGAAAAUUGUAAUUAGAACAAGGCUCUUUGGUCAAGCACCUCUUCUCCCAGUGGAUGUUAGCUUUGUGGUCAAAGCAAGAGGUUUCACAGUGGUGGUCCACAAGCUAUAUCUGGGUGACAGAAAUGUUUGGUUUGGCCUGAACGAUGUUUUUAAAUGUUUUCAUGUUGAGAAAACUAGGUAACCAGGGAAAAUAAAAUGAGAUCCGUAUGUCACAUUGUAUGCCUGGAUCAGUGAAUACUGAAUUACUCUGAGAUUCUUCCCUUACAGGCUAGCAAAAAUUAAAGACUUUGAUAAGAGUGUUGAUGAAAUUUUGAAGACACAGGAACUCUUACACAUUGAUGGUGGGAGUUAAAAUUAGGAACAUUCCUUAUGGAGGUCAAUUUGGUGGUACCUAUCAGCAUUAGAAAUGUAUGGGUCCUUGGAUCCAGUAAUUGCACCUCUAAGAAUCUAGCCUCCCAGUAUUCACACAUACAAGAAAAAAGAUAAGUGCACACGAUUAUUCACUACACACUGAAAUUGCAAAAGACAGGAAAGACCCUAAGUGUCCGUCAUUAUGGGAUUGGUGCAAUUACAGUAUAUCCAUACCUUGGAUUACCAUGAAGUUAUAAAAAUGUACUAGGAAUUCUUUAUGAAUUGGUAUGGAAAUAUCCCCAAGAUACAAAAGCCAAACUGCAGAAAGUAUACAUGGUAUGCUAUCAUUUGUGCAAAAAAGAAAGGCAUAAGGAUUCUCUGAAAGGAUAAAUAAGGACUUGGGAACCGUGGAUAUCUGUUUUGGUGGGAGGUAGACUUUUCACUGUUUACCUUUUUAUACUUCUUGAUAUUUUGCUUUUUAUCUAUUCAAAAAGUCCAAUUAAAAUCAGUUGCCAGCAUUUAAAAAUUAGGACAGUCCACAUAAAGAACUGGAUUUCCAGUUUCUUUUGGAAAACUGGAAUCUCUGACAGCACUGGGCUCACUUUCUUGCCAGGCAACAAUGAGUACGCUGCAUUGCUUUAGAGGGGGCCUAUGCUCUUCAGCAAGCUUCCGGGUGGGUUCGAACCACCAGCCUUUUGUUUAGUAGUUGAGCACCCCAGAGGCUCCUUGGAAGACAGGCCUGAUGAUCUGCUUCCGAAAGGUCACAGCACUGAAAACCCUAUGGAGCAUUUCUGCUCUGCACAUGUGGGGUCACCAUGAGUCAGAAUCAACUCCACACACAUAACAACAACAGCAAUAACAGUGCUCUCCAAGUUUCUUCGGUGAAGUAUUGAAAUCACUUAUUAAUGUCACCUGCCUGGCCCCUGUGAGCAUUUGCAUUUGAGACCCUAAAGCCGUGAGAAUUUAUUCCAAGGAUAUGAAGAGAUGUAGCUGUGUUUCAGCUUUACAUGGGGGAGAAGCAGCUGCAGGGGCCUUGAGUUCACAUCACUGCAAUUCAAGCAACCAGCAGUCUAGCUAGCUUCUCUGUGCCCCAAUUCCAAACUCCCUGGGGCCAGGAAGUGGGGUUCUGCUAUAUAAAUGUGUGCUUUCCAAAGCUGUUUCUUUUGGGGGUGACAGACACCAAGCCAGACAAAGACAUCACAAGAAGAGAAAACUACAGACCAGUAUCCCUCAUGAAUAUAGAUGCAAAAAUCCUCAACAAAAUAUUAGCAAACUGAAUUCAGCAACGUAUGACAAGGAUUAUAUACCAUGACCAGGAAUGCAAAGUUGGUUUAACAUAUGAAAAGCAAUUGGUGGAAUACACCGUAUUAAUAGAAUAAAGGACAAAAUCACAUGGUCAUCUCAAUAGAUGGAGAAAAAGCAUUUGGCAAAAUCCAACAUCCAUUCAUGAUAAAAACUCCUUUUUGGAGUGAAAGAGUUCUCAGAGAGGGAGUUAGAGGCUAGGCAGACACUCCAAGAGGUAUCUACUUACAGGGAUUACAAAAACUCAGAAUGAGGUGUUGACCCAAGCAGCUAGAGGCAUCGAGGAAUUUUCCUCCCCUUCUGAAAGCAAGGAGCAGCCCUGGUGGUGCAGCGGUUAAGCACUUGGCUGCUAACCGAAGGUCAGCCGUUUGAACCCACCAGCCGCUCUAUGGGAGAAAGAUGUGGUAGUCUGCUUCCAUAAAGAUUUCAGCCUUGGAAACCCUAUGGGGCAGUUCUACUCUGUCUUAUAGGGUUGCUAUGAGUCAGAAUUGAUUACAGUAAUGGGCUUUCUGAAAGCAAAGCCUAAUUUUGUCCUGUAGUCAAGGGUACAACUGUCUUUGGGUUUGGAAGAGUUCAAAGCAAUUUUGACUUUGGGCAGCUGUCUGGCAGGAGUUUGUUGAAUGGGGAAACUAGAAAAGUAGUCUAAUACAGGAAGCCGCUGGUAGCAAAUAUAUAGAUCAGGGGAAGGCCCAUGCUUGUUGCCACCGCGUUCACUCAUGAGCCUUCUUAGGACACUGGUUCUCAACCUUGACCACACAUUGAAAUCACCUGGGCCACACCCUAGGCCAAUUACAUCAGAAUCUCUGGGGGAGGGGCCUCGACAGUUCUAGCUUUUAAAGCUCCCCAGGUGGUUUCCGUGCACAGCUGGGACUGGGAAUCACUGCUUUCGAAGAAGACUAUCAGCCAAAAGAUUUUCAAAGAAGCAUUGUUCCCUUUCCUCGGAGGAGAAUUUCCCCUUGAGUUUGUGGGCUGGCUGUGGACUCAAAAGCAUCAAAAUUCG